UCGAUGUCGACUAUGUAUGCGUUUCCUUUCACUUGUCGCUUGAUUUCGAAUAAAAACGAUUUUGACUUUAUACCAAAAGGUUGAUUUUUAAAGUGGUCUUUUUUUUAAUUACAUUUUACAGACAUUCAGAAUGGAUAUGGAUGGACAAGGACAUAUUGUUGGUGGAAAUAGAGUGGAGCCUAUGCAUGUUACAAGAGCUGUUUGCUAUCGAAACAUAAGUUCUCGUACCCAGCUUGUAAUGAAUAAAGCUUUGAAAAAAGACCGUCUAGUCCUGUUAUACUUCUAACUGCGGAUGAGGGGAAAAUAAAGAUAUUGGUAUGGAGUCAUGCAGUAAGCGACGUUAUACAGCCUACUUUGAAUCUCGUAGCUUUAUUUGAAACAUCAUAACAACUGAGCUGUCCAUUAAGCAAGCACAAUGUAGCCUGCAGAAAGAAAUAGCGAAAAAAAGAUUCAGCAAAGGUACGUUGUUCCACUAGAAGCUGCGUUUUUCUGAUAUACCAGCCUUUUAUAUCAAUUUGAAACGAGGUAUGGCUUGGUCAACGAUAGGAACACCUGCAAUAGUUACAGUAGUCACCUCCGAAGCGAAAGCAAGAUCGAUUUUAGGUGCCAUAUCAACCAUUAGCUUAAUUAAAAAGAGAAAGCUUGGACGCGUAUGCUAGUCACUAAUUUUAGGUUCAGGUGCUUCAUGUGUAAAUCAU